AUGUCAUCGACCACAGCUUCGGCAGCACCACGAGGAAGAGGACGAGGCCGCUCCUCGUACGCCCCGUCCAAGCCGCACCCACAACAGCAACACCAGGUGCAGGUCCAGGACGACAACCAAGAGGUCGCCAGGCUGCGUAGCCAGUACAAGUCCCAGCUCGCGACCGCCAAGGAACUCUUCCCCGACUGGUCCGACGAGGACGUGCUCUUUGCGCUGCAAGAGGCCAACGGCGACGUCGAACUCGCCAUCCUCAGGAUUACCGAGGGUCAGUCCCAGAACAUCACCGGAAGAGCCGUGUUUUCUUCUUCCCAUCCUUCACGUGGCUGACUUCUCUCUCUCCGUCGCGCGCCAGGCCACGCCGAACAAUGGGGUUCCGUCAAGUCGAAAAAGACAAAGAGUCAACCGUCCGCAGCAUCGGCCAACAACACCAACCGCUCCGUCUCUUCGGCCAAUGCAUCCGCCGAGAACAGUGGGUGGGGUGCCGAACAGCCCGCGUCGACCCCGGCCGGUCGAGGAGGAUUCGCCGCUCGAGGCGGUCGCGGUGGAUUUGGUGCGUCUUUUCGAAACGCCGUCAUUCGAAGGUCUGCACAAAGCAGUCACUGACCACAACACCUUUGUCGGUUUGCUUCACAGAAGGAGGUGUCCGUGGUGGUCGCGGAGGUCGAGGUGGUGCCAGGGGAGGCCGUGGAGGAGCUGCCGGAGCAAACGGCACCCGCAGCGCAUCCCAGACCAACGGGCAGUCGUCGUCGUCCUUCACCAGCUCGACCCCGGCUUCCUUCGAGACCUCCGAGUCGAAUUCGACCCAUGCCGCCCCCGAUGCUUCGACCUCAACUCACGCUGCCGCCGCCCCGGCCAAGCCUGCUCUCAAGGUGCCGACCUGGGUCAAGAAGUCAGAGCGCGCUCCCGAGCCCGUCGUCGAGUCGCAGCCGGAGGCCGAGCCCGCUCAACAAGAGCAGCAACAGGAGCCUUUUGUCGAGCCCGCUGCGACAGAAACUGUGACCGGAUGGGGUGACGUUUCCGCCGCGACGACGGACAAGGCCGAUGCUUCGGCCGAAACCGAGUCGACGACCGCUACCGUCGGAUGGGGUGAUGAGAUCCCGAGCCAGCCCGCCACCGGUGGAUGGUCCGACCGACCCGAGACGCCCGUGGUCAAGCCCAAGUCCAAGGUCAUUGCCCCGGGAUCCAAGAUCUCGUGGGCUCAGAUCGCUCGCCCUCCUUCGCCCCCUAAGCCUGCCCCCGCUCCCCCCACCCCCGUCGCCGCUCCCGCUCCUACCCCUGCUGCCGCCCCCGCCCCCGCCCAAGUCGCCUCUUCGGAACAGAAGCCCGAAGCCGCCGCAGAGCCCGCCUCGGCUCCCGUCAUCAAUUUGCCCUCGUCGGUCGACUCGACAGAGGCACCCGCCUCGACGACCUCGGGAUGGGCUGCGGCCGAACCCGAACAGCAGGCCUCGGCCCCGGCCCCCGCCGCCGCUCCUUCCGCUUCCCUCGACCCGUGGGGCACCCCGGCUCCAUUGGCAGCCGGCGAAGGAUGGGCCGAUGUUGUCGUCGCUUCAAACGAGACUUCGACGAACGCUUCGACCUUUCCCGAGGUCGCGGCCCACCUCCCACCUAACGACCUCAACGCCGCUGGACCUAUCGAGAUCUCGACCCCUGCCCAACAGCAACAACAACCCGUUGCUGCCGUGGAGCAGUCGCAACCCCAGGUGUCCGAUUCGGUCGACAACAAGUUCGGCGCUGGACCGCCCGGAUUGCCGCCCAAGAGGGCCCAACAAGAGGCCGUCGUCUUGCCCGGUGCGACCUCGUCCGAGCAAGCGCCGAUCGGCGUUCAGUUCGGUAGCUUGAGCUUGUUCGACGGGCAACCGUCGUUCGGUCAGGAGCAUUUGCAGCAACAACAACAGCAGCAAGAACAACAACAAAAGAGCGAGCCGAUUGCGCAACAGCAACCUCAGCAACAAGCUCAACAACAGCAGCAGCAGCAAGGGUAAGUUCUUUGGCGCAGUAAGACGGUACUCAGGAGGAUGUCGUGAAACUGACUUGUUGUUCGUUGUUUCGUGGUCUUAGCUACGGCCAGCAAUACGCUCAACAAGGUGGCUACGCCGACCAAUCGUCGCAAGGCUACCAACAGGCGCAGCAACUCGACUCGACCGGUGCCGGUGCCUUCUCGCAAGCUCCGCCCAACCUGUUCGGCCAACAAUCCGCUUUCGCUCGUUACCCGAACCAAUCCUACGGCCUACCGCAACAGUACCAACAGCCGCAGCCGCAGCAGCAGCCGCAACAACAGCAUCAGCAGCAACCGCAAGCGCCUCAACAACCUUCCGUCGAGGAUGCUUCGAACCCUUACGGUGUUAGCUCGUUCAUCAAGCACGACCACUCGGCCGCUUCGCCCUACUUCCAAAACCCGGCGCAACAACCCCACUCGCCGGCGCCUCAACCUUCGGCCUACGGUGCCUCGCCUUUCAACUCCACCGCCUCGCCGUUCGGUAACGCUCCUCAGCAAGCGCAACAACAGGCUCAACCACCGCAGCAACAGCAGUCCGCGUCGGACUACUUGUCCUUCUACGGUGGUGGUCAGGACGUCUCGCGCAUGGGCUUCUACGAUGCGUACGCGCAGUACUCGCAGCAGCAACACCAUGCCCAGCAACAACAAGCCCAACCGCCUUCGCAAGGUGUUCCACCCGCCGCCGAUCCGACCGCGAACGGCGCUGCGGCUGCGACGACCCCUGUUCCUCAGCCACAACAACAGCAGCAACAGCAGCAGCACCAGCAAGGCGGUUACGGCCAGAUGAUGGGUGGUUACGGUGGCGGAGCCGGUUACUCGCCUUACGGCGCGUACGGUGGAUACGGCUAUCAACAACCCGCGUACGGUUACCAAGCCGGGUUGCCGCAACAAGGUUACGGGUACUACGGCUACGGCGCGCAACAGCAGCAACAACAACCUCAGCAACAACAACAGGGUGGCCGAAGGGGUUACAACAACGCUGGUGCGUCGAACCAGUUGCGAGGGUACGGGCAAGGUUCGUACGGCUACGGAGCGCAACAACCGCAACAACACCAGAUGCAAGGACAGCCUCACCAUGCCCAAGCCGGUCAACAAGGCGGACAAGCCGGGCCGGGCAACUCCAAGGACCUCGACAGUCGGGGGUUCUUUUAG